CAUGCUGAUAUCCUCAUUCAGCAAUAACAUCUCGACACUUCAAUAUAUCUGUAAAUACUGUCUAGUUUUGCUCGUCUGCUACCUCUUUACAAGUUGCUAAGUUUAUCAAAGAUCACGGUACAGAUUAGAUUGUAGUGUAUAUAAAACAGACAGGUGUUAAACAUCUUAUACUUCAUAAUAAUCUUGUGUAAGAAUACAUUAUUAAUUUUCCGUCAUGAGUUUCCAAGACAAAGUGGUGCUGGUGACUGGUGGUAGCUCUGGUAUCGGAGCAGCCAUUGCCAUCAAGUUUGCUGAAGAAGGUGCCAAAGUCGCAAUAGUGGGAAGAAACCAGGAGAAGCUAAAUGAUGUUGCCAAGAAAUGUGGUAAUCCUUUAGUGAUACAAGCUGACGUCACCAAAGAUGAAGACAUUAAAAGAAUUGUCAAUGAAACUGUUGCAAAAUAUGGUCAAAUUGAUGUUUUGGUAAACAACGCUGGUAUUGUGCAAAUAGCAAGCAUCGAAGCAGAGAAUGCUAUAGAAGUGUUUGACAAAGUAAUGUCGACUAACUUACGAUCAGUGGUUUACUUGACAAGCCUUGCGGUACCUUAUCUUAAGAAGACUAAAGGUAACAUAAUCAAUAUAUCAAGUAUUGCUGGAAUCCGUGUGCUUUCUAAAGAAGGAUUUUGUUACGACACCUCGAAAGCAGGUUUGGAUCACUUCACUAGAUCUGUAGCACUUGAAUUAGCUUCCAGUGGCGUACGAGUGAAUGUUAUCAAUCCAGGUCCCGUCAAGACUGACAUCAUGUCAAAUAUGGGUACUCCUAAAGAAAUGGAAGACGUUAUUUUGAAGAACAUGCAAGGGAUGACAGCUUUGGGAAGGAUUUCAGGUCCUGAAGAGAUAGCUCAUCUGGCUCUCUUCCUAGCAAGCGACAAGGCCGAUGCCAUUACUGGGUCGUCGUUUGUGAGUGACAAUGGAAUGUUAUUGAAAGCUGGAGUAUUUGGUUUUAAUUAAAUAUUAUGUUUAAAA